AUUUAUUAAAGCGUUAGAAUCCGUUAAAGCUUUUUCUUUACACCUUCUGGCCAGCGAAGAGCCAACGGCCCCCUUCUCUCUAUUUAGCGGGAGUUGGAGGUAUCUGGGUGGUGCUGUUCGUGUGGUUGCUUUGUUUGGUGGAGUCGGAGCGAGCUCUCGGUGUUUAGUUGAGUUAGUGGUGUUGAAGGAGAGGAGGAAGAAGAGGAAUGGCGGGAGAGGAGUCGAAGAAGGUGACGGUGGAGGGCUCGUCGGAGACGGCUCCGCUGCCGGAACCCACCAAGGACGUUGCUGAGGAGAAGGCGGUGAUCCCGCCGCCUUCGGAGGAGAAGGCUGAUGCUUCCAAGGCUCUGGCCGUCGUCGAGAAGGUUGCAGAUGUUUUGGCAGAGAAAAGCACGGGGGGUUCAACUGAGAGAGAUGCUCAACUUGCUAGGGUGGAAACAGAGAAGAGAAUGUCUUUAAUAAGGGCAUGGGAGGAAAAUGAAAGGGCUAAAGCUGAAAAUAAGGCUGCUAAAAAGAUGUCAUCUAUUACUGCCUGGGAGAACUCAAAGAAGGCUGCUAUGGAAGCUGAGCUGAAAGCAAAAGAGGAAGAACUAGAAAAAAAGAAGGCAGAAUAUGCAGAACAAAUGAAAAACAAGAUGGCCAUGGUUCACAAAGCAGCAGAAGAGAAGCGAGCUUUUAUUGAGGCCAAGCGUGGUGAAGAGAUCCUGAAGGCAGAGGAAAUGGCUGCAAAAUAUCGUGCCACAGGGCUUGCUCCAAAGAAGCUCCUUGGCUGCUUUGGAGCCUAAGAUCUGACUAGAAAGAGUGGAUUAAUGGUACACUCCACCUCUGAUCUGUUUGUUUCUCUCUCUACUUUGUUUGUGGGUUAUAUUUUGAUUUAGUUAAAGCUUUGAUGGGAAAUCCCAGUUUGUCUGGUGUGUAAAGUGUCAUGUACUUGUAUAUAGUUGUAAUUUACAAGAACAAAGAUUUGGUGUUGUACCAUUGUAUUCUUUUAGUUUGUGGGAAAAGAGAGAGAAAAAAAAGAAAAACAUUCGUGUGUAUUUAAUACAACAUCAAAUUAUUUGCUAGCAUCAAAGCCAUUUAAUGUUCUUUAAAAA